AUGAAUACAUUUUUUAAAAGACAUAAACAAAAAUUAAAAGAAGAAAUUAAAAAACUUGAAGAAUCAAAAAUAGAGUUACAAAAAAACCAUGAUCUCUCAUUUAUUGAAAUAAAUAAAAAAAUUUCAAUUUUUAAAUGUAACCUUAAUGCUCUUGACAACAAUGAAACUCAAUCAUUACAAAAUAAAAUUUCCCAACUAGAAGAAUUUAUCGAAAAUGAAGAAAAUAAUAAAAAACGUGAAAUUGAAAAAAUUGUCAACGACAAAAAUGAAGAAAUUCAAAACCACAAAAACCAACUCAAUAAAUACAUUUCAAGAUUGAACCAAAAUGAAGUAGAAUAUAAAAAAAUAGAAAAUGAUUUAAUAAGAAUGAAAGAAAUCAGAUCAAUUGAAAUUAGUUACUCUGCUUUAGAAAGUAAAAGUAAACUUUCUCAUAUGGGCAACCAACUUCCAAAGUCCACAGACAUUAAAGAUUUAAUGGAAGAUUUCUAUAGUUCAAUUGAAAGCUACUUACUUGGAACCUGUUUAGAACAUUAUUCCGAAGAGUUUUGUGCCAAUUUUAUUAAACAUAUAUUUGUUAGUUCAUAUAAAACAUGUAAAAAAAUUGUUACUAAUGAAUUUGGUAAUAUUUUUAAAAAUUCUCCAACUGACAAUCAAGAAUAUUAUUUUAGACGUUUAAUUUUCUCUUUAAUUGAUAUCCUCAUAGAAAGGGCUUGCAAAAUUUUAAAUGAAAAACUUUCAAAUGAGCUAUCAAAAAAUCAUAAUCAUAAUAAAAAUUAUUUGAAAAUGGCCCAUAGUUUUAUUAAGGAUUGUUGUAAAUUCAAUUUCAGUAUUCUCUUAUCACAACCAAAAGUCAAAUACAAUGAAAUUGAUGAAAUUGGAAAAGAGUACUCUGAAAAAGAACAUAAAUCAUUUGGAAAGAUUCCUUCUGAUUCUAAAAUGUGUGUUGAUUUAUUAAUAAUUCCAUCAAUCCAUUUGGCUUCAGAUAAUAAUAAAAUAACUCCAAGCUACGUACUAUUAAAACCAAUUGAUCUUACUCCUCAAUUAACUAAAGAAACCAAUGAGAUCACACCCAUGAAGUCGCCUCUUACUGUUGAUGAUGCAAGUAAUGAAAAAUUCUAUGAGACAAACAACUCUAUGGAUUAUUGCUAUGUUAAAAUCAAUACCUAUCUUGAACACCCUGAAAUUAUCACUUAUGGUAAAACAUCAUCAAGUGGUCAAGCAUAUAUUGAUAACUUUGAAAAUAACUCUUCAAACAAAAUGCAACCAACUUCUUAA